AUGUUUCUCAGCCCAUAUUGCAGCCUCAUCGCACUAUGCCUUUCGGGCCGUGUCGCGGCGGAUGGCUGGGACGACUUCACCAACAAUCUUGCCUCGGACCUCGCUCCCAUCAUAUCCCUCUUCGGAGAGCAGGCGACGAAGCAAUACCUCAGCGAGAGCAUCACGUGGCUGGACUACUUUAUAUUCGCCAUGGCGCCCAUCGGCAUCCUCACGGCGCUGGUGUCCGCGAUCCGCGUCUGCGGCAGCCCUUCCCUCAAGGCCUUCAUCGGCAGAGCAAAGGAAGCAGUGGGCAACGUGGAGGCCGAGCUGCUCUCGUCCACGAGCAGGAACGUGUGCGAACUGUACAAUGGUGGUGGCAUCGAGCGCAUCAUCGGUCGUCCGAAGAUCCUUGAGGUUGUGCUCGACCGGAACGUCGCUGACGAAGAGUUUACCCGGGAGGGAGGGUCAGCGGGCAUCUACACCUUUGCGGACUAUGUGAGGAACGAGAAUCGACGUCAAGAAUGGAAGCCGUGGCCUCAUCGCAAGGGCACAGAGCCGUCCAAGGAUGAUGGGCCAAAGACAUCUGAAGAGUAUGGGCCGAAUCUUUCCCACAAUGUCAGCAUUAAGCGCCUGGAUGAUUGGUGGUUCAGGCUCGUGGGAGUGAUCGGGUUUGUGCUGCAAGUAGGUGUGUUGGUCUAUGCAGCUGCUGCAACCUACUAUCUUCGGCUGGAACAGGACGGAGAGCAGCCAUCAUCGUAUGCUUGUCCGAUGGUCAUUGUGGGAACCAUCCUGGUUUGCGGCGGAGUGUUCUUCUGUGCUGUUCUUGUGGGGGAGAGCAUCGAGGAAGAGAUUUACCAACGCAGACAGGCUUUAUCAGAGAGAUCCUCUCUGUACUGGUUGCAACCGGCCCAAGUGCAUGGCGAUCAAACAUUUGAGCCAUUCUGUUACGCGGACGUGGGAGGCGUCGGCUCCCUCAAUCGACAUAUUACCUCACGGAAGAAGCAGAGCGCCCCUUCAGAGCUUUCUGUAUGGCUCGUUGUCGGGUCUAGCGUUUCUGGCUUUGUUCUACAAUUUGUCGGCCUCCGCGGGACACACUCGUCGAUCUCGUUGGCCCAGCUCGGGGCAGCCUUGAUCAUGAGCAUGCUGAGGGCUGGUCUUCGCACGCAGAGACUGGAUUCGCAGGGCAACCGACUUUGGGAGCAAGAAAUCAGUGCGAUGAUGAUCUCAUCAGAUACUCUGAAGGGCCAUGAGAUGGACUGGCUGGCCCUACACAUUGGUCGGGAGGAGGUCAGAAAGGGGCACGGCAUGGACCGUAGAGUUCCAAGCAUGGAAAAGGGCGGGCGAACGUGGCGGCUCUGUGGCUUGGAUAUUCCAUGGCCUCGUGAGAAGGACAUUGAGAAUGCCUCGCAAUCGGGUGAAACUAACAGCGAACGACGGUCCUGCUCGUGGUUGUUUUUCGGUGCUACGACAGCCGGUGAGAGAAUCACACACCACCCAUCGGAAGCAAAUUCUGGUGGGAUUGGACUCAAGUCUUCUGAAUCAGUAGAACCCCAAGGCAGGGUGGACUGCGCCAACUGGAUUCUGGCCUACCGUCGAACCCUGACCCGACUCACCGAACCAACGACUGCGAAACUCGAUCUGGCUGUUUUGACGCGUCACUUCUCAAAUGAAAUGGUUGCGGUGCGAGAAACGGCAAGGCAGCUUGUCCUGGCGCUUGAGUCAGUUGCCAACAGCGUCUGUUCGUCGUCGACGGCGGUCAUCAUGGAGGAAUGGCGUUUGAAACACAACGACUUAUACUGCGCCAUGAACUGCGGCGUCUCUCCUCGUGCUGGAGAUCAGAUUGCCGAGGUCGUACUUCACCUUCGCCGUGGUGGUAAAGAGUCGCGUUGGAGGCUCGAAGGCAAAGAGAACGUGGAGGCUAUGCUAGGACUAUGGACGUGGUCUCUGAUUUCAGAGUCAGCAAGAGAUCACUCUCAGCUCAACGCAACCCGAAGAAGGAUAGUAUCGAGUGUCAAACACCCGGAAGAAGUGGGCUACUACAAAUGGUUCAGAAGUGCUGCUACAUGCCCUAUGAAGCACACUUUGAAAGGGCUGAAUAAUGACUUUUGCCCUUCUACAUUUUGGCUCAACGACCAAGCUAUUUGGAUGGUACAGCGGAGAACCGCUGCACCUAUCAUCCCUUCGGCUCAGUCCGAAAUCGACGUCUUUACCCUACCUACGACUUCCGACCUGCUCUCACUUUGCGCCCAGGAGAUCCUGGGCACCUUUGUAAAAAUUAUCCUCGAUCUGGUAAAGAGCAUCGGCGAAGUUGAGGUGGACGGCACUGCAGACAACGUUUGCUUGAGGAGCCGCCUGGUAUCAGAGCUGGCGGAGGCGAUCGAGAAAAGUGGCUUGGCGUCUCGCGAUGAUGCCCUGCUCUGCGUUCUGCCUCCAAUAGUGCGCCGAGAAUUUGAUGCCCAGCGAACGCCGUUGUGGUUCGCUGCUGGGAUCGGACAUGAAGGGAUGGUAAGCGAGGCACUUGGCCAGAUCACCGACCGCCAUGGAUCUAACCUCCCUUUCCUGGCUGGCCCUCUUCUUCAAGCAGCAUCAAAGGGUCGCGACAACAUCGUCAGGCUCUUGCUGCAGCAUGGAGCAGACCCCAACGUGGCAGAUGCGUCAGGGACUACACCACUGUGCCAGGCCUCCGAGAAUGGCCACGAGCAAGUCGUCAGGGUACUGCUCGAAUUUGGGGAGGUAAAUUCAAAUGUCACGGAUCCGUGUGGGAGAACCCCGCUCUGGCAUGCGGCGAAUAAUGGGCACGAACUCGUUGUAAUGGCAUUGCUCGAACAAGGCGCGAGGCCCGAGAAGGGUGCCAGUGCUCACGGAACGACGCUCGAAAGAGCAAUUCAUAAUGGUCACGACUUGGUGGUCAGAGAAUUUCACGCUCAUAGCGAGGGCAAAGAAAUGGGCUACAUCGGGGGAGGAAGGAACUGGGUCAACGAUGAAAUGAUGGAGGGACCUGCUGAACAAUACGAAAAGGCCUGUAAAAGCUUCCUCGAUUACGUAUCUCCGAAUAAAUUCAAAGACGGAAAAGAACUCGAUGACAAAGACGCCAUCAAGAUUGCUCUUCUCGGGCAAGGCGUUGAUAGCGAAAAGCUGCGGAUGCAUGGUUCAGGUCUGGACCAAUACAUCUUCGACAAGCAGAACUUCACGAAUAAGAGUCCUUCGUGA